GCUCAAUUACAGAGAGAACUUGAAUUUUAGCGUGUCGCGACGCGAUUUAUAGUGGACGGGUACUCAUUACAUCACUAAAGCGACGCCAUGUCAAGCCUCAUUCACACUGAGGUACGUUCACGUUACUUCCAUUUACUUCACCUCACAGUCUCACAUACAGCGUCAAAUACACGAUGGCCCCGGUCCGGCGAUAUCUGAGGAUAUCCAAGUACUCAGUCCUUGAAUGCCGAAUUUAUCUGGAUAACCCUGCAUUGGCCCAAUCAUGGCUUCUUAAUCCUCGAAAUCCAAUAUUACCCAAGGUCAUCGAAAGCAUCCGUCCCUUGGUGCUUCCGAAGCUUCGUGAAGAGAAGGAAAGGGUUAGAAAGAAGAGCAAGAAGAAGAGCAUCAAAGAUGUUAUAGUAUCAGACGAGUUUGAGGUCUCCAUCUUCUUGACAGAGACGAGCACGAGACAUUCUCUCCUCUACAAAACCAAACAUUUCAGGGACAAUCUGCCGCCGAAACUCAAGUCCAACUCCUCUAAGCUCAUCGGUGAGACGGAUAGUGUUCCCGUGGACGUUGAAGAUGAAUAUCGUGCACCAGUCUUACAAGAAGAUGAUGGUGAGGUGAGACUCGCCGAUAUUCCUGUCGCCGAAACAACAACACGACGGAGUAAGCGCCAAAGAGGAAUACAGGAUCCGGAGCAAGAUGACAGCGAUGAGGCGUUUGAAGAUGAUGAAACAGCCUCGGCCAUCGAAAUCGACUCUGAUACGGAGGCACCCCCACACAAGAGGCACAGGGCCCGGACGAACGACGGCCUUGACGGAAACGAAGACAAGAAGAAACUAGCCAUGGACGUGUCAUAUGAGGGAUUUGCAAUAUACGGUCAGGUGCUGUGCCUCGUGGUCAAGAAAAGAGCGAACGCUGCAGCUAGCAGUGGUGGGGGUGGAAAAGCCCGACCAGAAGGCCAGGCGACAAUGGAGAAUUGGAUUUCUUCUACGCAAGUGCCUGUUGGGGAGGAUAUUCCAUAAUCGAGACCAAAAGAAUAGCCAAGGAUUGAGGUCUCAAGUCUUCUUGAUUCCCUAGCCGGCCCGAAUGGCAUGACAAUUUGAUGUUAGGUCGACGAGGGUUAACCCGAAUACCGGGGUUUGACAGACGGGAACUGCGGAUACGGCCGUCGGGUUCCUGUAGGCGUUCGGCCUGGCGGCGGGCGGCGGGAGGAGACAGGCUACUGGUGACUCUACUGGGC